UGAGCAUUAUGCUGUUGUCGUGAUACCCACGUGUUUUCAAUCCUUUCAUAUACAUUAUGAUUGUUCAUCAUAAAUUGUGUUAUUAGAUUGUUACCCUUAAGUUUUUGGGAGCUUAAUAUAACUACAACACUGGUGUUACUAUUUUAAAGUUUUGACAAAGUUACUGCAGUGAAAAUGUCGACAUCACUGGCAGAGCAGCUGCUGAAGCUGCGUGUGCCCCAGACAUCUCUACUACAACAAGAUAAAAAACGACCGAGUCUUCUGUUCGAUCCAAGGGAGGCUGCUAAUCUUGAUCGAGAAACUGUCUUUAAUAUAGGUAAGAAUGGUCUCGAGGAAUUGAUAAAACUCUCUAGUGUAUUCAAAGAAUUUGAAUCCACGUUAUUCGCCCAAAGUGCAAUAAAUCUGGAGCGUUCAGUUCAAGAUGCCAAGUUUAACAAACGUCUCGACACAGGGAUAGAGAAGUUUUUAGUUUUCUUGUCACCUUAUUUUCUACUGAACACUGCUCACAAGGCCCUCGAGUGGCUCAUCUACAGAUUCCACAUUCACCAAUUCAACAAGGAUGCCUUUCUCAUGCUCAUACUUCCUUAUCAUGAGACAAGAAUGUUCGUUCGAGCUCUACAGUUGGUGGAGUUGAAGAAUCAGGCUGACAAAUGGCACUGGCUUCAGCCCCUGCAGAGACCUGGUGUCCCCCUGUCCACCAUGACACUUGUCAAUCGUGUUGCCGUGGAUAAUGCUCUUCUGAAGCUCCUUUGCAAUCACGUGGUCCAAGCAACAGUGGUUUACGAUAACGAGGCAGCCUCUCUGAGCACACUCUACGCUUUUUAUACUACAGCUAUCAUUGGAAGCAUCGAGAGAACUUCGAAGAUAUCCGAAGUACAGAUUAAUUAUCUCCUUCCGUCUUUGGUUAAAGGGUUGUCCAGUACAGUGAUUGAUUUUAUCGCUGGAAAUUAUAUGAUUCUCGUGCAAUUAUCCAGAAAAACAAAGCUGACUACUACCACUGUGGAGUACCUGAUGGCAAGAGCCUUGAAAAAUCCAACAUUGAAGCACGAUUUGAUACUCCUCAUUUGCUCACUCUACGAGGGCUCGUACAAUCGACCCAACUCAAUUGCCGAUAAAAUAGUGUUGAGAAUAUCCGGCUUCGACUGGUUCUGCGAUGAAAUAUCAAAUGUCAAGUCUGAAGGAGUUAAAGUGACUAAAUUUCUCGUACCACUCGUCGAAUCAGCUAUAAAAAUUGUACUGAAAAAUCCCCGUGAGAAUGGAGGAAUCAGAAGAAUGGUGAACGAUAUAUUUCAGAAAAUUCAAUUUGAUGAUAUCGAAGUGGAAGUUAUUCUGCGAAACACGUUGAAACCCAAUUUGAUAUCCGAGCAAUUGAACGAAGAAGGUAAGAUGUUUUUAUCGGCUCUCUUCAACUCUCUGGAGAUCAGGUAUCCCCUCCAGUUCGACGAGUACCUGAAGAAGCUCAUGAAAACGAGUGAGAAGAAACCAGAAUCCAAGGAAGCUCUCCAGUUUUUAAUGUCUUGGCAUGGAGGAGUCGAGGGUACGAAAAAAUCAAUGGACAUUUUUGAUAAACUCAAUCAUUACAGUGCUGAGCAACGAAUUAUGGCGAUGAAGUGUCUGGCAGCAUCUCCCGGUGAAAUAGCUGAGGGAUUCCAGGACAUGCUCAUCAAGACGAUGCUGGAUAGAUUCAACGAUGACGAUGUCAGAGUUGUUGGGACACUCUUGAAUUUUCCCGUCAAGAUCCUGACACGUUUAUUCCCAGCUGAUAUUUUAACAGACAGACUGAUGAUGCUUCUCUCACAGUGUCACACCGAAAAGAAGAAUGUUCUAGCUCAGCCAGCAGUUAAGCUCCUGCUGGAGCUCUGCGACGACGGGGACGACACGUGCAUUUUUAUCGCGACUUUACCGUACCUCUUCCCGAGCACUGAGAGUGAAACAAAAAUUGCAAUGCAGGUUCUCAAUUCGGAUUUUGCAAAUAAAAAUAAAUAUCUGAGUGUUGUCCAGAGAGAUGUGGGUCGACAAGCUGAUGCUGCGUUGAUUUGUUCAGCAGCAUUCCAUAACAUCCUUAACACGGAGAUUCUCCCACCGACUGAGAAUAUUCUGACGACGAUGAAGACGUCGUACGACAACGACGCCACGUCCUUAUUUUUCAAUUUAAUUCUCCUUGGAUCUGUUUGCCGUGUGCCAGUGGGAUCUCUGCCAGCAAGUAUUGCCCUGGAAGUAAUUGAAAUGGCUGCCGAGAUGAUAAAAAAAUAUCCGAAAGUGGAGAGUUUACCUAACUGUAAUCAACUGAAUGGGGACACAAUUCAGGAUGGCUUGAAGCUGACGUCGCAAGGGAUUCUUCCGCUUCAAGCCGUCACGUACGUCCUAGAGAUGGUUCACAGACGUCUAGAGCUCAAGGCCGACAGGAUUUUGGACUUUGGGGCUAAUCCCCAGACGACAAAACUUGUCCUCCGCCUCAUGGAGAUUCUGUUCGAUGGUGUGGCUCUUCCAAAACGACAGCCACACUACUCUUGGUGUCUGAAGAUCUUCUUUCAGCGGCACUUCCCUACUGGCGAAGAUAUGCUCCGGUUUUUAUCUGAAUUGUUCAUACAGCCGGUGAAUCCACAAACGUCUUUGCAUGCUCUGAAUGCCACGUCGAAGGUUCUGACAAAGUGUAACAAUUUUCAAUGGCUAUUCAAGGACAAAGUGUUUCUCUCGAAUUUCUUGAUCGUUUUGUCGAGGCACAAUAAACAAUGUCGAGAAGCAGCUGUUGACGUCCUGAGACAACUGUCCCAAACAUUUAAUCUAGAAAUGGAGGGCUGCUCUAUGUUGCUGUCUGAACUCGCUCAACGAUCGUCUGAACUGGCUAUGGAUCCUGAUCAACUAUCAUUAAUUCUCUAUACCCUAUUAUCCCCCGAUCCAGACGUGAAAGCUCAACUGAAGAAGGAAAUGCGUAGAAAACUCGAAAAAACCCAGGAGUUUUUCUUCAGUAUCAUCUCUGAUAAGGACACGCCAAUUCAUGUGACAUCACAGCUGCUCGAAGUACUCGUCCACGUCAACGGUCCAGAGUUAUUGAAGGAGCUGAGCGUCACAGGGCUAGAGUUGCUGGAGAAACUCGAAAAUAAUCCCAAGAACACUGACAGCAUGGCGAUGUCAUUGAAAAACAUUCUGCAGAGAUUCAAUAGUACAACUGUUGGGGCUCUUAACGACGAGACAGUCUGGAGAUUCUUCGAAACAGCGGUCACCAAUCAUCGUUUACUCAUUCCUAGUGAGAAUGGUCCGUACCCACCGAGUGUCAUCCUCAUCAAGCAGAUUGACCAUCAGUUCUUCGAAAAUGCUGGAAAAAUAUCGGAGAAUCUGCAGAGAAAAAUCUUUUCUCUGUUUGUCGACAUUGUCACCGACUGCGAUAUUGGUAGUAUAGUGGCAGUGGCCAAUAGGUCAGUCCGUAAAAUAGCAGUCGAUGCGCGUCUCGUUGUUGAAGAGCUCCGAGGAAUGAGUGAAGCACAAUCGCCCAAAGACGAUGACUAUAAAAAUUCAUCAGGAGUCUCGGCGAGGCUGAAGAGGCGCUUCAAGACCCUCAAUAUUUCACAACGUCCUGAGGUGGUCAAUACACGAGACUGGAAACGUGGGAUAACGAUUCUCGAAUUCAUCCAGAAAUCGGUCAACAUCGAUAAUGAAAAGUUAUUAAUGCCUGUACUAUUUAAUCUCUUGAGAAUGUGUCUGAAUUUUGAAGAGCAGAGCCCAUUGGAAUACACGAACCAACUGUUGCUCUCGAACAUUCACAAACUGGCAACGAUGAACAUUCCAAUACCAGAUCCUCAUUUGCAAGUGGAUCUCAUCUCGCAGUGCAUCAGAACAUCACACAAUCCUCAAACUCAUCAUCACGCUCUUCUAGUUCUCGUUGAACUUUUCAAGGUAGCUGAUAUUGACAUAGCUCUCCACAACAUAAUGCCAAUUUUCACGUUCAUGGGGAGUUCGGUGCUCAGGCAGGACGAUGCCUACUCCAUACAAAUUAUUUCUAAGACAAUCGAGACUAUUGUCCCCAUAAUCAACGCCGCUGACGACGAGACCCAUGCGUGUGAGAUACUAAGAAUUUUUAUUGUAUCGCUAACUGAUAUACCGGAGCACAGAAGAAUUCCCCUGUUCGUCAAACUCCUACAACUUCUGGAGAAUCAUCUCCACUUAUUCUAUCUACUGACGUUCGAGUGCCACGUGUUGGCACAGAAUAAUAUUCAUCAGAACCAGAAGAACUCAUCGCAAAGACUUGAAUUUGCCCUUACGAUUUCACAAGAGUUUUUGCCUAAGACAUUAGUUGGAGUUUGCAUUGAGUUGGUGAAAUUCCUCAGGAGUCUUCCAGUUGAACUUGAGGAAAAUGCCAGUCAAAGAUAUCUCGCCUUUCCAAAGAAACAUAUUUUCAAUGUUGCUCAGAAUACUCCGAAGCAGUUGAGACACUACAAAUACACAGCUGUCCAAUUUUUGAAUGCCCUGCUGUCCUCCCCUGACUUCGUCCACAGAACUGCACAUUCAGAUGCAGCUGGAACUGAAGCAACGAAGCCCCUGUACGACGCACUUCUCGUUGAGCUGGUUUUACUGAUUGAAAGUACUUCGAAGAGCGCUGAUCUUCACCAGGGGAAACUCAAGGGUAAAUAUUGGAAAGUCCUUCUUCACACUCUUUGCGAUACCCUGGAUGCCAUCAACGCACUACUCCCGAACGCUGUCUUCAUCGCCAGUGUAAAGAAAUUGAUGAAUCAUCAUCACGUAACAGUGAAGAGAAAGUCCCUCGAAUUGCUGAAUAAUCGUCUGCAGCAGAGGAAAUUCGGUGAAGAAGAUUACAGCGAUUUAUUAACUCUCGUCGAUUCACUUCUGGAGAUAAUUUGCCACCAGGGAAAAGUGCUAAAUCAGGAAACAGAGGUUAUUCAACAGACUGCUCUCAUAACUCUGAAGCUAUUAGCCAAAUUCCUGGCAUCUGACAAUCCGGAGAAAUUCAAGCCUGUCUUGGAAGCAGCCAUUGAACUCCUCAAGACCAAGGAAGGACCACUCCUAGGCUCCAUAGUUCUUUGUCUAGCAGAACUCUGUGGUACCAUGAGAACCCACGUGAUCCCCUACCUCAGCAGGUUUUUCCCAGCUAUAUUGAAGCUCUUGAAAGCUCGCUGCUACCAAGAAUCACCGGACGUGGUCACCAUUAGCAUCAUCAGUGCACUUCAAAAAAUCGUAGAAUCUGUUGGCAAUUUCCUGUCCCUCUAUUUGGAACAGCUGUUGCUGGAGUUAUGCAAGCUGAGCACUCUUUACACUGACAGUGAUCAUCCGAAGAUUGGGAUCAUUGUCUCCAGGAUGAAAAUCAUACGACAAAAACUCGUCAGUUGUGUUAGGAUGAGAGUUUUGCUGCCUGCCGUUGAGAAGACUUACUCGAGUCUUCUGAAGUCCGAGAGCUACCAGUGCAUCCCGGUUCUGAUGGCUAUUCUGGCUGAAUCCUUUGUCAAUUUAACUAAUUCAGAUCUUCAGACGGCCAUUCCCGAUGUCACAUCGUUCUUCCUGCGUGUCCUUCAAUUCAGGGAGGAUAUCCAGAUUUCUGGCGACGACGAGAAGCAUCGGGAAAGCCUUCAAAGGAACAUUACUGAUAUUGAAGAGAACGCUGGCAAGAGUUUAGUCUCACUGGUGUUAAAAUUGAGUGAAGCUACUUUCAGACCAUUGUAUUAUAAACUAUACGAUUGGGCAGCGAGAAACCCCGACAAGAAAUUGAGAAAUAUCACAUUCUACAGACUGUCAGCAAACAUCGCUGAAUGCCUUAAGUCGCUGUUCAUUCUGUUUGCGGGGCAUUUCCUCAAGCAUGCGGCUGCUCUCCUCCAGCAGAAUAAUUUAUCUGUUGUCAAUGAAGCAGCAGACAACUGUCUGGAGAAUGAAACUGACAGGAUUGAACUGAUCGAGAACAUUCUCACAACACUCUGCAGAGUCUUUAGUUAUGAUGCUCAUAAUUUUGUCAAUCAAGAGAAGUUCGAUAUUUUGUCACAGCCAAUUGUCGAUUACAUCGAAUAUACUGAAGGAUCGAGGGAGAAGUUUGAGGAACGCUCGAGCCAGCUGGUGGUGCCUUGCAUAGCUGCGUUCGCCAGUGCCAUUCAGGAUGAUUCACUUCAUAAACAACUGGUCUAUCAGGUUUUGCUGAAAACGAGACAUACGAAAUCCCACGUGAGGAGUUCGGCCUUGAGUGCCUUGAUCGAAAUUGCCAGGAAACUAGGGGAGGAUUUCAUGCCUCUGCUACCAGAAACUGUACCUUUCCUAGCUGAAUUACUGGAGGAUGAAGAUGAAAAUACGGAGAAGAUUGCGCAAAAUGCUGUGCGAACGCUCGAAGAUAUUCUUGGAGAACCGUUGCAAAAAUAUUUUUAAAUUAAUUUGAAUGUAUAUUUUUGAGAUAAGAAAAAUUAAGUUAAUUUAUGGAGAACAAAUCCAGGUUAAGAAAUAAAAAAUGAAGAACAUUGUUUU